UUUCGACACACAAUGUGUCCAUGUACUCGGUUAGCACGCUUGCUGUUAUAUCACACUCUUUACUUUGUUUUAUUUGCUGUCCAGGCCGCACAAGCUGCCCUUGACGUUCCAUGGAGCAGCAACAAGUAUGGCCCCGAUGGGCCAUGGCAGGCGGUCAAGAUCAGGGUAGGGGGUAAUGACCCUGCCCUCAAACUCGAUAACCAGAACCACGCAGAUAUCGAAGUAUACCCGGGUGGUACCUAUGAUAGCUUCACGUUCAGCAGUCUAGCAUGCACGCCGUUUGCUGAUUGCGGCAAAGGAGGAACGUGGGAUCCUGACGCCACUGCGAUGUUAUGGUUCGAAGGAAUGACGGGAGCAUGGCAUCCAACAAUACAGGAUAAGACAUACGGUCUUACAGCCGGCUCUCUGAACUACACUCAGAGGGCCAUAACUGUAGCCGGGAAGACUGUCUGGAACGCGUCACUCUCCCAUACCAACACAGGAAAUAUCACACACCUAAAUGGCAAAAUGGGUGGCAUGCAGCUUGGAUUCCUCUCUCUAGGAGCGGCUGAGACGUCACAAACGUUUGACACAGCGUGGGAGGAAGGCACAGCUGGUCAAAAUGUCACCGCCUACCUAUUCAACGGUAAACUUUACGAGGACAAAACGAUAUCGUCGUACUCCUACGGCCUGCAUAUCGGUUCCGCUGCGUUCGAAUACCCUGGUUCGUUGGUAUUUGGGGGUUACAACAAAGGUCAUGUUAUUGGUCCUGUCACCUCUAUGUUCAAGGAUUUUGACAGAAUCGAUCUCCUUGACAUUACCAUUGGCGUCAAAUACGGUAGUUCACCCUUUGAAUUUGCUAGCAAGGACAAUCUACUCAUCAGCGACACGGGCGUGGUUGGCAGCUCCCAGCAAGUCAGGAUCGACCCUAAAACCCCGUACCUCUCUUUACCAGAUAGCACUUGCGAAGGGCUCGCAGACGUACUCCCGAUCAAGUUCGAUCAAACUACCAGAUUCUAUCACUGGCAAGUCAAUGAUCCGAGUUACAAGAAAAUAGUUACAUCUCCUGCAUAUCUUGGGUUUGUUUUCCCACCAAGUCUAGGAUCAACGCAAAAUGUCACCGUCAAGGUGCCCUUCGCGCUCCUCAACCUCACCCUGGACUCGCCUAUCGUGGACAAACCCACCCAAUAUUUUCCAUGUCAAUCUUUCACACCCCUCAAGGGCCAGCCAUAUCCUGUGCCAGAUGAUUACUUUCGUCUAGGCCGUGUCUUUCUGCAGGCAGCUUUCAUCGGCCAGAACUGGGUAUCAAAAACGACGUGGAUGGGCCAAGCACCAGGACCUGGGUUCGGUGGCUUUGGACUCGGAAAUCAGGUUAUAGACAUCAAGGAUAAAGACACGACAAUAGAAAGCUGGGAUAGUGCGGAAAUCAACUAUUUCAAUCAAACUUGGGCAGGGCACUGGAGUAUCAUCGAUAGCCCAAAGCCACGGACGAACAACACGCCUACAGCCCCGACCGAGUCUCCAACCCGCGAAGCUACACACGAAGACAAAUCAGAUAGCCUUUCCGUCGGUGCAAAGGCAGGCAUCGGUAUCGGCGCAGGGACAGUUGUCGUCAUAGCUAUGGGAAUCGCGUUCCUGUUUUGGCGAACACGCACCAAGAGGAACCACGAGAAUAUACAAGGAACAUAUGCUGAGGGACCUUAUACAAAGCAACCAUACGUCGACGACGGCCCUGGUGACUAA